AUGAAGAAGGGUGAAAAUGGCUCUCGGGAAAAUAUCGCGAUGCUGCCUUGGAAAUUCGACGUGGAGUUCGAUGAUAAUAACGUUCUGACUUGUAAAUUGUACAGCCAGCUGUCGUUCCGUUGUGAAGAGGAUAAUGAGUUCACUGCUCCCCCACCUUCACCCGUGGAGUGUUUCAAAUACGCUCCUUUGAUUAAAUUUCGCAAAUAUAGUCAUUUUAUACACCCCCAAGACAUCGAGAAUUUAUUCUCAUCGUGCGACAGUUCUAUCGUCGAGAGGGCAAAAUUCACGUCGGAAUCGUCUACGUCCGUUAAAAAUGUCAUCGUUCCCAGAAAGGUGGUUUCGUUCAGCGGGCAAGUAUCGUCGCCAAUAGAAUACACGAGGCGUCGUUCGAAGAAAGAAAGAUCAACGGCAUCGACGGAGGAAGAUUCCUGCGUGGCCAAGUCCUAUUCCGAGCAGUCUGUCUUCCUCGAAAGCUGUAUCGACGAUGGUACAAUAAACGAGCGCAGCAACAAGGGAUCGAGGUGCAACUCGUCAUGGGAUUCUCUGCGCGAUAACAGGAGGGGGAAGAACUCGAGCGACGACCGGUGGGCGGCGCCACCUGCGGCCAACGUUUCCCGCGACUCUUGGAGGAGGGACAGGCGGAAGAAGGAGACGUUGGAGGAGCUGUUGACGGACAUGACGACGGACGAGGGGAAGCGCGGCGAUCCCAACGCGAACAGCUUGUACACGAUUUACAAACGGUCGCGGGAGAACUCGAGGAACGGGAUGCUGACCGAGGUGGACAAGAUCCAAUUGGCGACGACAAAUUCGGAGAACGGUGGGAAAUUCGUGGUGGAGACGAAUCUGUGGAAGCACGCGUUGCUUGCGAAUCGAUCGUCGGAUCAUUUCUGCCCCGGCAAGAGCUCGGCCCAACAACAACAGCCAUCCCACAACGACGUGCCCAAUUACACGCGUUACACGAACGAGAAGUACACGUUCCUCAGGAAGGGGAACGCCUCGAAGGCGUACAAACGGACGGUCCGUCUACGUAGCACUGCCAACCUGCUAGAUUUCAAUAAUCGUUGGAUAAAGGGCUCGUAAUUGUUGCGGAUGCGUGCGCUAAUUCGACAAGGGAGGAAGAGGAGGGGGCAGGUCACAGUUUCCUAGAGUUAGAAUGAGUUGUCGAAGCUGGACGAAGCGAGGGGAGAAAGGGUGCAAAUUUUUAAGUGCAAUAAAAGAGGAUAAAUGAAAAGUGUGAUUUUUGUAAAGAGGA